AUGUCCGAUACCAAAGAGAACAAGCCCAAGUUGGUUGCGACUAAUAUUCCUAAGUUGGACGAUGACAACUACGAGUCUUGGUCAGGACGGAUGGAAGUCUAUCUCAAGGCCAAGAAGUUAUGGCCGUUCGUUGGAGGAUCCGAGAUUCCCUCUGAGUCUAAGAGGCACGAGGCCGCUCAUCUUUUGAUCAGCCAUCUCGGAGACGGCACUUACGAUGCUUGUGUCACAAGAGAUAAUCGAGACAAACCUAGUGCACUUUGGACUGCGAUCACCAAGCAGUAUGCGUCGGAGUCGGCGAAUAACAAAGGCCGAGUUUGGUUGAAAUUCAUGUGA